CUUCACAUCACUCUUGUGUUUCUGUUUGCGCGAAAAACGUGUAAAGCGAAAUGGAAUAAAGGCAAUAUUGUAAAGUGAUUUUACAAGAACGUAAUUGUGUAAAAUUCUAUCGUAAAAUAUGAAAGUGAUCGUUAUUAUUCUAUAAUCACAUUUCAUAAACCGUUAAACUAGAAAAGGCAGCGAUAUGGCAGAAAUUUCAAAUUCCACAGUGUUUACAAACGAUGCAUCCUCUACUGGUGCUUCCGAUCUUCUUCAACAAGCGUUUCAACAAGUUGUUGACGAUGAUGAUCACGACGGUGAAUUCGUUGCAUUUUUACAAAAUGACGACAAUGAUUCCGAAACUAUUCAUUUAACUCCUGAACAAGCAAUAGCCUUAGGUCUAACCUUCGAUGUAAACUCGAGCGAAGAGGUUAUGUAUCAUCAAGAUCAAGAUAAUAUUGGCUCAAACACACAAGAAAAUGUUCCUACAAAUGAUAACAUUAACGUGCAGGACCAAACAGUGCUACAUUCUCAGGGUUCUAUAACAAUUGAUCAGUUAAGCUACCAUCCUGAAGAAGUACAAAAAUCCAAUGAUGAAUUGAUUAAAACAGAGUGUAUUGAUUUCCAAGAAUGGCAGAUACAAAAAGUUUCUGAAAAUGAACAGCUUCAAGACCAAGUAGGUGAAAAUGAUUUGUCGUUAGAUGAAGUGAAUUUAAGUAAUCAGAGACAAGAAUCUCAGCAAAUAAUCGAACAUCAAAAUAAUCUGCUUCAACAGAAUUCAGGCACACGAACAAUAGUUUUAGAACAAUCUAAAGUACACACAAUAAAAGCAGAUGUUUCCCAUGUUAAAAAUAUUCAUGAAAAUGAUGUGCAAUAUACAAUUGAUGGUAGUGUAGUACAAAACCAGCUUAAUACUUUGCCUAAUUCUCAGGCGCAAAUAUUACAAAAACUACCUGUAAUUUUGCCAUCAUCACAAUUUAUUAUAAAACCUGCACAAACUAUAUUAAAGCCAACUAAAAAUAUUAGACUACUUCAAGGUUCAAAUAAACUUACUAAUUCAACAGUGAACCAAAUUAAUGCAGUACAUUCUCUCAGUGCUGCUUCAAAUACUAAUUCUAUGCUAUUAUCGAAAGCUACAAUAUUGAAUAAUUUAUCACCACAAAUAAUAAAAGCUACGCCUAUAACGGCUCAAUUAUUAAAUACUACUGGGAUACCAGCACAGUUAUUAAAUACCUCUCAGAUUAUAACUGGUGCUUGUGAAAUACAGAGCCAAUCGGUUACCGCACCUCAUAUUUCUAAUGCAAUAGUAAAUACUACAUCUGUGGGAACACAGAACCUUGUUACUUCACAAAUACAUUUGUCACCUAUUAUUAAAACCUCACAGUCUCUUCACAGAGGCAAUGUUCAACAAUAUUUAACUCCGGUGCUAAAAGGUGCAUCAACUGUACUUUCAAAGUCUAAUCAAAUUAUAAGCAAUACAAAUGUGGCAGCAUCUAUUCCAGCACAACUAUUAAAAUCAGUUCAAAUUCCCUCGCAAUUGCUUAAAACAAAAUCUGCAAUUGGUAAGAAAACAACAGUAUCAAGUGGAGUACCAAAAACUACAAUUAAUUCUAAUUCACCAGUAGUUCUUAGAACUGCAUCUAUUGUAAGAUCUCAAGAUUUAAAGGCAACAACAACAAGUUCCACAUCUAUUUUAAAACCAACCCAAAUUUCUUCAACACCUGUAUCUAUUUUGAAACCGCAAGCAAAAAUUGCGUUUAAUAAUUCAACUAAACAAAAUUUAAAUAUUUCUACUCAAAAUAUUGCAAAUAUUUCUAAUAAUUUACAACAUGCAUUACAAAAAGCACCCGUAACACAACAAAGUGGUACAUUCGAGUCUACUAAAUCAAUACAAAAUGAUGCUGUUAAACAGAAAAUUAAUUUGGUAGUAAAUGGAACAAAUUUAAAAGUAAAUAAAAAAGCUAAAAGUACUCCCACUAAACCUGUGACAGUAGUAAGUGACUCUACAGAUGUAACUAAACCAUUGGGUUCUAGUGAAAAUCCAAUACAAAUAGUUCAACAAGGUCAAACAUUUCACAGUAUGCAAAGGUUGACACCAACACAAUUGAAACAAAUUGCACAUGUUUUGCAACAGCGUAGUCAAGAAACAACUGCUUCAAAUGAAAGAGUUGUAUAUAGGGUUGUAUUCCCUGAAGAACUUGAUUUACGAAUUCGGAACCCAGGAAAUUUACUAAAAAAUCGUGGUGGGAAAAGAGGUCGACCAAAAAAGAGUACUAUUAGACCUUCUUUGCUUCCUCCUAAACCACCACAAAUUCCUGAAGAAGAACAAGAAGAAUUAAAGGAUGAAAGGAAAAAGGUUGUUGCGAGAACACGGUCUGGUAGAUUGUCUCGACCACCUAGACAUAUGGUGCGAGAUUACAAACAUUUACAUCAUUUAGACUUUUUACAACCUGAUUUAGAUGACUCGGAUGGUGGUUACAGUGAUUAUAAUACGAAUAAUGAAAAGCUUGAAGAAGAAGAAUCACCAAAAGAAUUGCUAACAGGAUUAGAAGUACCGAAAAGAAAAAUAUCAGAUCACUUCAGAUGUCCUACAUGUAAUAAAAUAUAUUUGGGACGUACUCGAAUGGCAAGGCAUUUUGAAAUGCACCCUGACCAUGGAAGCCUUGAGCAAUUACCUCCUCCAACACCUGAACCUGAAUUAAAACAAAAUGGAGGCCAGGAUCCUUUAAAACGCAAAGGAAAGAAACGUGGUCCUUGGGCAUACGUUACACCGGAAGCAAAAUCAGAAAGGCGACAAAUAAAAUUGAGAGAAGCCAUUUCGGUGUGCGAAAAUCUUGAAAUAAUAAAAAUAGCAGCAAAGCCAGUACUUAAUGCACAAUCAUUAUUUGAUUUAUUAAUAUUAAAAUCCGAGAAUAAUGUAAGAAAUUUCUUAGACGAAUUGAAAAUAUUAAUGGGCAAAAUACGAGAAAAAGCUGGAACUAUGUUGACAGUUGCAAAUAAUGAUGAAGAAUCCAACAAAGAUUUAAUUGAUAUUGGUGAAGAAUCAUUGUGCGAUGUUCUGGGUUUAAAUCCUGGUUUAUAUAUAAUCAACAAUGAUGCUUUAAAAAAGGUUGAAACUCCUGUUUGUAGCACUUAUGAAAAUUCAGAACCUCCGCUAAAACUUCAGAAAACAGAAAAUUCUGAAGAUGCUAAAGAAAAUAUAGAAGAGCGAAUGUCUAGUGGAUUUUCAGAAAGUUCAGACCUUAGUGUUUCAGACUUCCUAAACGACAGGAGAUGUGAACCUGUAACAAAUCCUACUUGUCCAGAAGUAUUAUCAGCCUUAACACUGAUGAGAAGAAAUCCCAGUCCUGUAAAUAAUGCAGAAAAUAAUAAAUCCAACAAUGUGUCAAAAUUGUUAAUUUCGAAUCCGGAGAUUCAGAAUCAAAUUUCAGAUACUCUUGGAUUCCAAAAAGUUGAUAUCACUUCACCGAAAGUAUCAAAUUAUCAAAAAACGGAAUCUCAUAAAGACAAUUUCAUAAAAAUUGGGAAUGGUCUAGGACCAACUUUUUGUAAAGGCGAAAAUAACUUUGAACACUCUAAGUUAGAACAUAUAGAUGAAGCGUUUAUAAAACUAGAAUCAUCAGAACAGAGCUUCGUUAAAUUAGAAAAUAAUGCUAUGGGAACUUACCCAAAACAAGAUACCCAAAAUUUUGAGAAGAUGCAAAAUGGGUUAAAUAGCAUAGAAAAUGGAACUCAAAAUUUUAUUAAAGGUUUUCAGAAACUAGUAUCUAAAAUAAUUCCUAUGACAUCACCAGAUAUGAGUUGUAUUAAAAAUCAGUCGUCAUCAAUGGAUACAAAUUCUUGUAAAAUAAUGCCUGCUACUUCUGGUUGUAAGAUUUCAGACAGCAUACCAAUUCUACAAGAUACAGUACCAAUAAUUUCCAAUAAUUGUGAUACUAGUAUAUUUGGCAGUGCAGAAAAUUUAGAUAUGUCUAAAAUAACUCAAUAUGAUCAUAUUGCACAUUUAGAUAUUUUAAAUACGAGUGGAGUAAUAGAUAAAAACUUGCUAAUUGAUGAAAAAUUGGUCGAACAAUUGCAUUUAGUUGAUCAAUCAAAUUUAGUUGACGAACUAGUAUCCGAACAGUUGAAAAAUAUAAUGCCAGAUAAUAUAUUAGAAAAUAAUCUAAUAUGUAAUAAUUCAAAUCUAGAUACAGAACUUGAUU